ACAAGGCUCAUUAAUGUCAACCCCAUCUUUGAUUUCCAUUAAGGGUCACAUCACAAAUAAGGAAGUGAAAAAGCUGAUCGAUCGCACACACUGUUAUAGAAGAUUGUUCCUGCAGCUUUUUUAUCAUCACAUUCAGUAGAAUGAAUCGUCACAGGACUGGCCACAUCCUGAAUCAGGACAGUCUCCCAUUGGUUGUUGGAAGAUCAUUAAACACCCACAUUGUCAAUAGUGGGACCCUAAUGGUGGGUAUAUAGGCAGUCGUCUUGCAGCUGAAUACAACAGACACUAAAUUUCAUCAACUUGAAUUAACCAUUCAAUUUGAAACCAUCAACAAUUUUCCACUUCCAUCGAGCUGUAACAUUACCAGAAACGCUAAAUUACUUGCUACAGUGCACCAUGGUUAUGCUGAAGAUCUCUGCUUUCUUCGUGGCCUACGCUUUGAUUAUCUGUCAGAUGUACUGCUCAGAUGCAGCACCAUCCAGGCCUGCUCUGGAGCCCUUACCAGAUGAAGCCAUGCUCUCUGACUAUGAAGCAAGGCGAUUGCUAAAUGCAUUUAUAAAAGAGUUUGUCCAGAUGACUGCAGAAGACCUUGAUCAACAGGAAACUGAGGAGAACAGCAUGGGCAGACCCAUGUCCAAGCGCUGCUCCAACCUGAGCACCUGUGUUCUGGGAAAGCUUUCACAGGAGCUGCACAAACUGCAGACAUUCCCACGCACCAACGUAGGAGCAGGAACCCCAGGAAAGAAGCGCAGCGCAGAGCAUGUGUACAGAGAACUGACCCAUCUCAUCUAAACAGCUCUCUGCCUUCAUCCUGAUAUUUCAGUGUCAAUGCAUGUGGAUUUCUUUUUGCUUGUAUGAUUUGAUUUCCUCAUUUGUCCUUUUUUUUAUCUUUUAUUGGCAGAGACAGCACUUUACUGUCUUUCUUUCUUAAUGUCUUACUUAUUUGUUUCUACUUGGGCAGCUCUCAUUGAAAAAUAGUCUAACAUUUUACCUGAAUAAACAUAUUUUUACAAAAGAAGCCUGUCUAUUUACUUAUUGAUCCAAUAAUAACCAAAAAAGUCAAAUUUUGUCAAACAUCCUGUUAAACCUAGUGUAGAAGUCUAUAGGUAAGCUACCAACAUCAUCAAAUUUACCCACAUUUUUAAUCC